GAAGCGGACAGCCGAGCCAGGCGGACAGCUGCGCUUUUGCGCAAAGGCGCCAAGAGGACAAGCUCCGUCCAGCUCGCUCAGGCAGAGGCGCAUUUAAAGGUAACGGCUCCUCCACCAAGGAGCUGCAGAGAGGGACAGACGGAUUUCCAGCCUUUGUCCCCCUGGAGCUCAGUCGGCGGAGAACCACCCACGGCAGGCCCCCUCCCCCCUGCCUGGGAUUCCGCCAGACACGCUUCUUGCUUGCCUGGAUGGUCCUUGCUUGGAGGGCAAACCGAGGCUGAUGUGCGGAGGCUGGAGGGAGUGGAAGCGCUCUCCGGCCCUGGAGGAAUGAAAGGAGCCUCCUAACCCAGCCGAUCCUACUCUUGAGUCGCGCUGCAGCCAGCUGGGAGCUGCUGGUUUCCUCGGCCGCUUUGGAGAGGGUGCAUUCGGAAAGGUGGGCAGGAGAAGGGAGUUCACCAUGGCCUUGGCAGACAAUGCAAGUUGUGCCAAACCCUGCGACGACAUGGUUUUCCCAGAGAUCGUAGAGCUGAAUGUGGGAGGACAGGUCUACAUCACCCGCCACAACACCCUGACCAGUAUCCCAGGAUCAUUGCUCUGGGAAAUGUUCACACAGAAGAAUAUUCGUUCCUUAGCCCGGGACAACAAAGGCAGGUUCUUUGUGGAUCGUGAUGGCUUCCUCUUCCGCUACAUCUUGGACUAUAUGAGGGACCAGCAACUUGUGCUUCCCGAGCACUUUCCAGAGCGAAGCCGUUUGCAGCGAGAAGCCGAGUACUUCAAGUUGCCGGAGCUGGUCAAGACCCUUGCCCCAAAGCUUAGCAAGCAGAACUCCAUUGGGGAUGAGCCCUGUCAAAGUGACCCAGAGGAGCUGUCCCCUAGUAUGGACACUGCCCGCAACCUGGCUGCUGCCAGUGCCAUCCUGUCAGGUGGCCCUGGAGGCUCCCUCACAGCCACUGCUGGGGGCGGCACCGGGCAAGAUAUCCGGAGAUCAGGCUUCAUCACCAUUGGCUACCGGGGCUCUUACACUCUUGGCAGAGACAGCCAAACCGAUGCCAAAUUCCGCAGGGUGGCCAGGAUCAUGGUGUGUGGUAAGACCUCCCUGGCCAAGGAAGUCUUUGGGGAGACACUGAACGAGAGCAGGGACCCUGACCGGCCGCCAGAGCGCUACACCUCCAGGUACUACCUCAAAUUCACCUUCCUGGAGCAAGCCUUUGACAAACUGGCUGACUCUGGCUUCCACAUGGUGGCCUGCAAUUCCACGGGGACCUGCGCCUUUGCCCACGAACAGACGGAUGACAAGAUCUGGACCUCUUACACCGAAUAUGUUUUCUACCGUGAGUGAUGCUUAAACCAAAACCAAACCAAAUUGCACCAAAAGCCAACUCUCCCUCGGUCCUUCCCAUGCCGCCAUUUGUUUAGAACGUAGAUAACCAUCAGAACCCUUGAACCUUGAAUCUUCUCUCCUUCCUCACUUUCCAAACUGAACCCUCUUUGGCUCCUCCCCGAACUGGUUCCUGAGUAAUGCCGAACCUUCUUUCCAGCAAUAGCUGACAGUAGCUAGCAACAUCCCCUGGAUCAUGGACUUGGACACUUGGGGGAAUGUCUUUGUAUUUGGGGUGGGGUUGGGUAAUCUGCCAGUAUUAAUCAGCAGUGCAGCAUUACGUGGGGUGCUGCUGGAAUGAGAUGUCUUUCCAUGCUAUGGGCAUGCUCCUUGCUCUUUGCUCUGCCUGUGCUGGAGGAAUAUGCUUAUACUUGCAAUAAGGGAAUGUGGCAGGGAUCCUGGUCUGAAGGAUCCUGGUCAGGCGGAGGGAUGAAAAGGGCAAAGGAACCCUCCCUGCCACAGACAUAUUAACAAUAGCCUCUGUAAGCAGCUUAGCAUUUAGACUGCCAGUGCUUUGAAAGGUGAGUGAGCAAGUGUGUGUCCCAUGUCACUGCAUCCCCCACUAGGAACGGCGGAAUUGAAAACACUGCUGUGGCUCAGAGGGCUGAACUGGGUGAAUGGCCCUGAGGGGGCCUGGGAACCUGGGUCUCCGUCAAAUCUGGAGGAGUGUUUUGGAUCUGAGAUGUAGCCCAUCGCCCUUCUCUCACCUGUCCCUUCUCCCCCUCACUUCCCCUCCAUUGGUCACCAUUCUUCCUGUUGCAGCAAACACACAUCUGAAUCCUGGCUUGGGAAAAGCGGCUGGAGGAGUGGUGUGUUGCCCUUCCCUUCCGCUUCUCCCCUCCCAAUUGUUGUCUAGAGGUGGUUGAGAAGAGAUCCGGGCAUCUCAGCUUCUGCCAAAUCUACUGUGGCUCUGAUUCACUGUUGUUCUUCUCAGACAGGUGUAGUAAGAUGGGGUUUGUGGGUGGGCACCGAUGUGUAUUUGUAAUUCCAAACACACACAGAGUGUAUAUGUACCGGGGGUGGGCUAGGGCAGGCGGGGGACCAGAGGUCUCCAGGAGAGCCUCACACAGAAGAUGUAGUGGUAGUUCCUUAGGAAAGUUCCCCGUCCAGUUUGUCAUUGUUUUUCCUUCACUUAGAGUAGGAAGAGAAGGCCAUAGAGAGAUGCAGAACAUCCUGGCUUGUCCAAGGAUUUUUGCAGCUAGCGGUGGCCUGAUGUGUCCAGAGCAAUGGGUUCUUUUAUUCACAGAUGCAAAAGCAAAAAAAGUAACGCACGGGAACAAGUUAUCUGACUUGGAUGGUAACAUAUGCAGAGCCUCUUUUCAAGCAUAUAGCACAGCACUGAGUGUUUGUGGGCCUGGGGGGGGGGCUACCUGGUUGGCUGGCGGGCGCUUUAGCAGGCCUGGGACUAUGUGUAAUAAAGGAACAAAUGAGAUGUUUCUUUGUCUCCUUGUUCAGGGAUGGGCCCAUUUUGUGGUGGAGCACAGUCAUUCUCAUGAGAAGAGUCUGAUACCAAAGGGAAUUUGUACACAUGGGGUGCCCCACUGGCAUUCCUCUUUUGAGCCAUGCUUAAGACCUCAAGGA